AUGUGCUUCGGUGGCCGUGACCAUGGCGACGACGGCGGCGUCGCCAGGUCGCGUGAGCUGGACAAGGUCAUCCGCGCCGACGAAAAGCGCAUGGCCAAGGAGGUGAAGCUUUUGCUUCUAGGAGCUGGCGAGUCGGGAAAGUCGACGGUCCUGAAGCAGAUGAAGUUGAUAUAUUCGCAAGGGUUCAGCAAAGGCGAGAAACUAGAAUGGAAGCCCGUCAUCUUUGCCAACAUUGUUCAGUCGUUCCGGAUGAUCUUCGACGCCAUGAACGAGCUGGAUAUCCAUUUCGAGAGCGAGGAGAACGAUAAAAACAUGGCCCACAUCAUGGUGGACUACGAGAUGACCGCAGACGAGCCCCUCCCGACAGACUAUCUCGAGCCGAUAAAGAAGCUCUGGCUUGACGGGGGCGUGAGGGCAGCUAUCGAAAAGGGCAACGAGUAUGCCCUGCACGACAACCUAGACUACUUUUGCGCCGACCUGGAUCGGGUCUGGGACAAGGGCUACGUCCCCACGGACCAAGAUCUUCUCCGGUCUCGACUACGGACAACGGGCAUCACGGAAACCAUCUUCGACCUUGGGCAGCUCACAUACCGCAUGUUUGAUGUCGGCGGCCAGCGAUCGGAGCGGAAGAAGUGGAUACACUGCUUUGAGAACGUCAACUGCCUUUUGUUCUUGGUGGCCAUCUCGGGCUACGACCAGUGUCUCUUGGAGGAUAAGGAUGGCAACCAAAUGAACGAGGCGCUGAUGCUUUGGGAAUCGAUCGCGAAUUCGCACUGGUUCACAAAGUCGGCGCUGAUCCUCUUCCUCAACAAGAUGGACCUCUUCAAGGAGAAGCUGAGCAAGAGCCCGAUAACAGCGCACGGUUUCACAGAUUACCACGGACCGCCGGGCGACUUCAAGCAGGCCAGCAAGUACUUCAUGGACAAGUUCCGGGCGCUCAACCGCAACCCGGAGAAGGAUAUUUACGGCCAUUUUACGAACGCGACCGACACGAACCUUUUGAAGAUCACCAUGGGUUCCGUACAGGACAUGAUCAUCCAGCGCAACCUAAAGCACCUCGUUCUGUAA